AUGUUCUGGCUGAUAUGGCACGAUUUGUUGGUUGUUCUCUUGAUCACCGUCGUGCUUUCAGGGAUUUACAUUCCCAUUUACGCAAUCUACAAAACAAGCUGGACAAUCGGUGUCUACUCGUUCUUGCUCGAUGCACCGACACUCCCCGAUGUUGACUAUGAUUUCGUCGAACAGUCCAGUUUCGUUUUGUCGUCGAUGAGCGAUUGGUCCUAUGCCAGCAGCAUUCCCACAACCAUUUUGGCCGCUUUUUUCGCCGCUACAAAUGAUCAACUAACCCUGCCAAUACGUCUACUUGCCACCGCCGAGAAUUUGACAAAACUCGCCUACUCUGUCACGUGGCUUUUGUCUCGGGCUUGCGUGAUUUCACUCGCCAAUUUACAAUGUUCACAAGAGGUGUACAGUGCUUUCAUGAAUCUCUACGACUUUUCGGCUUUUUUCGAUUUGACCAGCGUCGCCCAGUACUGUCAAAUGCUCAUCUCGUUGAGCCAAAGCCAAUCAUCGAGCAUAUCGAGCCCCGAGUUGACAAUCUCCAUCCAC